GUUGAAUACGUUUGUAAUGUGUAAGGAAUACAUUCUAGUUAAUAGAGAAUAAGUAUAACAUCCGACUGAUCAAUUUUUCAACCAAACAUGAAUUCCGGAUAUAUGGUUAUCGAAAUUUGUAUCAAAGUGUGAAACUGUCACUUUAAAGUUUGACGGAUUAAAGGUAUAAAUACGCCCGUGUAUUCAGUCCACAUCACUUCAUUACAUAUCAACUUAGUGACUAAGAUGGACAAACUAAUAGUUCUGAUCGCUGUUGUUGUCUGUGUGGCAGUCUGCAAUGCCAGAGUUUUGCACGCGGAGAGGGACCUCUAUGACCCUUACGAGGCCCUCGCGGAGAGGGACCUGUACGACCUUUACGAAGACAUUUUGGGGCUGAGUUACCCUGGCGACUGUAAAAGCAAGACCCUGCGUAAAUACGCCCAGCAAUGUGGGCUGAAAGUCACGGCUGGCGGUAGUCACUACGUCGUCAAGGACCCACUGACUAACACGCAAAUCACGGUCAUCCCCCAUAAGGUGAAGGCUAACGGAACCUGCCGAAGCAUUAUUAACGUUCUGAACGGUCGCUGUGGAGACAUGUACUACGACUCCAAUGCUGCCUACGACUCCAAUGCUGCCUACGACUCCAAUGCUGCCUAUGACUCCGAUGCUGCCUACGACUCCAAUGCUGCCUUCGACUCCAAUGCUGCCUACGACUCCUACAACGGGAAGGAAUAUUAAAACACGACAGCGAACAUGUGACAAAUACAUGGCACACCACAGCAAAUACUACGACGGUAUAGGAUAGUAAAACAAUCUUACAACAUGGAAAGACUGUUUGACAUUUUAUAUGAAACAUUUACCCCACACAAUAUCGGUUAAUAGCAUAACAAUUGUAUUUCAGUAUUAUAAUAAGACUUCUUGUAUAUUGAUGUAUAUUGUAUAAACAAUACCAUUCAGAAACGUGUAACAUACUGCUACAUGGAUGGAUCUUCGAAGCAAAAUAUAUGCGUUACAUCGAGCAUUUGGCAAUAUAUGUCUUUACAUAUUAUGAAAUCAAUUUUAAAUAUUAGUACUGUAACUGUGUGUGCAAUUAUCCUAAACAUGUUUGAUAUGGUGUCAAAAAUAAAAAAGCUGUCACAUGAAUGUAUACUAUACAUUAUAUUUUAAAAUAUACCCAAGUUUGUUUUAAUAAAAAUGAAACUUCAA